AUGUCAUCUUAUUUCCCGUUCGCAGUAAGCGGCGUGCCAUAUUAUUAUCCACCAAGAUCGACUGGCGAACUAGCUGCUGACCCGGUGCUAACUGACGCAACUUCUUCAAAUUUAUUUAUAGAGGAUGGUAAGAUCACGUAUAUAUUCUUACUUAAGAUCCUGCUCAUUAACUUUCGUUUUAUAUAUUGAAACCUACCAAAGGACUUGUGAAUGCCGAUCAACAUAGAUUUUAAAACAAUCAUUAUUCGCGCUAACAGCAAUAGCGCCUUAGUACUGAGACUUUCCUUAGAAUUCUAAGACGAUCUCCAGAAUGAUUGUUCAUUUAUCUAAGCAAAUUCGCCAGUAUGAUUAUCGUGUGUUUAUUUUUUCGGUUUUUUUAAGAAUUCAUAUGAAUUCACACUUACGAAAAUAAACAAUAAAAUUUUAUUGUUUAUUUUUGUUCAUUAAUAAACAAAAAUCGACAACUUUCAAAACUCGUUAGUGCAAAUUGGGAAAUAUGGAGUAAGGUUUUAACAGGGUGGGCGGAUGGCAUUUGUAGGAAAGUCGAUUAAGAGUUAUGUUUUACCGCUGAUUUUACUUUAAUUCAGCCAUGACGCAAGCUUGAAGUCUAUAGACUUCUAUAGAAGUCAUUUGUAACCGGAAGUGAACAGAGUAAACAAUUUUUCGCAGACAAGACUAUUGUUAAUCUAUAAAUCUAGUUCGGUUGUCAGUUCUGUUCUCAAAUUAAUUUUUCCUCUUACGAGUCGCCAGAGUAUAGGUAAAACGCGGAAAUUCUGAUUAUCACAUCCACCGCUUCUGAUCUUUCAACAGGCGGGAAGGUGCAAAACUACUUGUGUAAACUAACCAGUCUUUAAUCACACUAUUAGCCGCUCUGCUUUUCCGGCCGCAAAACCAUGGGUUGUUUAUACUUGCAAACCAGAAAAAACAACCACAUUAUAAAAGCUUGACAUCGUCGGUGAGCGAAGGUGGAAUUUUCAUGGUAACUGAUGCCAAAACCACAGAAAUAGAUCUUCCAUGUGCCCAAAGUUCGCAAAUGAUGGGGUGACCAUGUUGAUAGCCAAAAAAUUAUGAAACAUGAGUAGCGUUUCUCCCGCUUGUCCGUACUGAAGGUCACUUAAAAGUCGAUAAAAAUAUUGACUGCUUUGACCUUUUUUCUCGAUUUUGACACACUCGGCGCGCUGUCAACGAAUACGUAUACAGGCACUUGUACUUUGAAUCGUUAACUUUAAAAUAACGGUAUUCGACAAUAAAAAGUGAAAUGAGAUACGUCUCUGUCAUAAUGUGAGGACUGAAAAUUCCUGACAAUAUGAUAUGACUGUCAUAUAAAUCGAAGCAAAGUAUUCAGUAGUAUAGGGACGCGAAGCCGUUUGCCAUUUUACUGUUAAGAUUUAUCUUCCUUUGGGUGCGGUAGAUACUGUGCAAGUCUGUUUCUACUAUAAAGUAGUUCACGCAAAAGUCACCGUCUUCACUCUAACCUUGCUGUGGAGCACACAGUGUACAUCGUCGGCAACGACGGUUUAACUGUUGUGCAUGAAAAUUGCCACUUUACACCCGUUUCUGUUUAGCUGAACAAUUAUCGUUCGUUCUUUUAUAUUUUGAAAUCCACGGGCAUAAAGUUAUCUGUAUUGCCUUGUGUUUCAAUAAUUUAACCUACCAAGCUUUCGCUACAUUUUUUACACUCGAAAACUCCCGGAUUGUUCAGUCUCCCACAACUUCCUCUCAAACGGCUUUUCUUCUGUCAUUUAUCAAUAAUAGUCCCAUUUUGCUUAUCUUCAAUUUUAAGUGCCAAGAUGCGCAUUACGUAGGGAGUAAGCAAUUUGGACUAGCAAACACGGGGCUAGAAAACAAAGUUUACUUCCUCGAGUGAAGACGAGUGUUUGAACUCCAGUUGUCUGUGAUUAAAGAUGCCUUGCCGAGCAAAGGAAACUUUUUUUUCUGGUAUCUCGAAUUCCUGCAGGAGUCCAUUGUUAGAGAUAGGCAGGAACAGAACUGACAGCAGUUGUGGAAGUUACUAGCUACUUAACGACAAAUGACCCGGACACGAGGACGGCUGCAAGGGUCUCUGUAUGCCAACGUUACAUCGAUACAUCGAUUAUCUGAGUUAUCAACCGAGGCCUAGGCGUCAGUCAGUUUUCAUCUAAUCUUAAUUUCGGGGUUGGCGAGUAUGUUGGUGGCAGCUAAGUUGAACUCGUUACUCGUUUACUAGGUAUUACCGAUCUCUUGCGUACAUUCCCAUCCUCGUUGCACAACUAGCUCAUGUUCAUGUAUGUACGAUCCGAGAAUGCGUUCAGUUGUACCUGUUAAAUUAACAGGUCAGUUAAAGCACAGCACACGAUGAACUAUGCCUGAAUCCUCCCUCUGAUCUUAGAGCUCUUUUAUUUCCAUGAUUUAGCCACACAUGAAAGCUUUUAGUCAGUGGACAUUUCAAACAGCUAGUCUCAUAAGAAUUUGAAAAAUCGUUUCUGGAGCAUUCUUUAUAUUUGGUGGGCAUGCUAUAUUGCGAUUGUUUUUUGCUGGGGUCAGUCGGGAACGAUCAAGUAGGCACCGAUCUACAAACUUCACUGAAUAGCCAUUUUGCAUGAAUUGUCCGCCGAAGUAUUAUACUUUGCGUGUUUUUUCGGGUUGCUAUGCUAAGCCUGGAGCCAUUUCAAGAGUGUCCUCACACAGUUUCAUUUUUGGGCUACCGGUUAGUUGCUACGAAAAUGGAGAGAUUGCGUGGUGUUCGUUGACUUCGCGUAAACCAUCGUCCCUUGUUCGCCAUCAGGAUUUUGCCUGACGAGCAUGUCAAGAAAAAUCGGUUACUGCCCCUUUUUGUCUUCUUUUGUUAACAGUAUUUCAGGGGGGAUUACAUUACACAAUCUAUGGAAAUUUUGUAGCAUGUUCUUCCUGGCGAUAAGAAAUGUGUAGUCAACGUAACGGCGAGAAAGUAUUGUCUCUUGCUGGUCAAAAGAGGUCUUUUUUGUUUGUGUAGCACCAAUUCUACUUGUUCGCUUUCACCAGACCUAGGUCAACAGAGGAUAGGUGCUCCAAACCACCAGAUAAUUUCUGGUUUGCUCAGCAUCGACUAUGAUUAUCUUCAUCACCAAAAUUUACCUGUCGCUUAAUAAUAUUGCGAUUUGGUUCAAUUUGCUGUGUUGGGGCUCAUUCUUCUUUUAAACUAUCCGGUUUAAUUCUUUUAAAUUGGAACUACAAAAAUAUGCAUACGGUUUAUCGCUGUUUGGCAUACUUAGUCCAGUAGAUACAAUUGAAAUCUGAGUCGUUAGCAUUUUCUGUUUUAGGUAUUUUUAUACCUGUUUGUUCACUGAAUUAGAGAAAGUUGAUGGAAGGGAUGAUCUAUAUAUAUAAUUAAUCCUUUCCGUCAAACCAGGUGGACACAUCUAUUUACAAUUGUUAACUAAGGCUGUUUUGUUUCUAAGCUAAUGGGAAACGACUCCGUAUCUGGACCCUCCAUACUUUACGAGCAAUCUUCGUCCUUGACUAAACUGUUCGCUGAUCAGUGAAAACGUAUAUUCAGCCUGCUCAAACGGCCGCUACUCUUUAAGGUCACUUUUAUCUAACUUUUCUGUGCCAAGUAACGGCUUUCAUGUGCUUCUCACAUGUUUUAGUAAUUUUUUGGUUUAUAAAGUUGCGAUCAAUAGUCCCUGUGUAACAAAUGCGUGCAAACAUUGCGCAAACUAACCUUAAUCGUCGGCAGCACGUUCGAUGAACGAAUACUCGGAUUAUAGUUGGCUACAGAGCUGUUGGACAUGGUAUCCUGAAUCCAGCUUAAAGGUUCAACUGAAAGGGUACAGCUUGUUAUACCAAAAUUCUCAUACUCUGUUCCAAUUUUUGCCUACAAACAGAGGUUUUGGUUAUUGUAUUAUGGUUUGCGCCGUUCUAGCCUAAUAAAGUUCCGAUAAGUACGUUUUAGGCCACAUGCUAAAUUUUCGCUGAACGUCAAUCACAAGUUGGGACUCUAUUAACCGAUUUGAUCGUGCAGACGAGACUCGAAUUGGGGCAACUGUACCGUUCGAAAUGCUAUGGACGAAGCCAUACUGGAUGCUAACGCCAGUCAAACGUAUCUAGGUUGAAUACAUUUCAGACUUUGCUGUCUCAGAUCUCACUUUUUUCUCGUGAAAAAGAAAUCCUCGUGUCAUCAACACUUUACUCAUUACGUGGUGACAUGGCCCGUAAUGAGAGCGGAAUCCACUACGCAUGAAUCUCGGUGCGAAUCAUUGUUACCCAAAGACUGACCCAGUUCUUGCCUCCUUCAGAUGGAAACAAAUGAACUUUAGUGGCAUCAUCGGGAAGGAAUAUUCAUACACCCAGGUAAUUCUCACUACCGCCUUGUUCCUGGAAAUCUAGUCUUUCCCUUGCCAAUUAAAAAGCCUCGCUUGGACAAAUUCCCAUAGUGUCUAAACGCACAUUGGCUAAAUAUUCAGCCCUCCUUGAAUUUUUUAUCAUUUCAGCACAAUCAGUGGUCGUCACAGCCGUGGUUCAUUGGCUUUAUGGUAACUUUUAAUUCGAUGCUUAGACUUAACUGCGAUAACAUCAGCAGUUAGAACUGAGAAACAGCCGGCACAAACUGCAGUUUGUGACUGGGUGACUUUCUCAUUCCGCGUGCAUUCUGGAGCUCCAGGGUGGUCUAUUUCCAUCAGUUAAUAGUAAGUCGACCGUACAUUGCGCUUUUCCAUAAAGUCGACCAGAUUUGAUUGAGUUGAAAACCAGUUAUGUUGCCAGCCGGGCCGAUGACUUUCAAGCGACCACUUAUGACUUGUUGGAACUACAGCUGGUAAUUACCUCCACCAAUGAGACUCCCCUUCCACAUGCUCAACACAUUAUCUAGAACAAGGACAAGGUACGCCCGUGGGGCUCGCUUUUAGGUCGAGGGUUGGCUGCAACCCUGCAUGAAGUCCAUGCCGAGGGAUUUGAAUACCUGUAUCCAACGCUUUUACCACACGAAUAUCAUGUAAAACUUCCUAAUCAUACCGGAUAAGGGUUUUCUUGAGUUCUUGGAACACAUCUGCUGCCCAACUUAGAUUAUAGAUUGUAACAUCGUUCUUGUCGAAAAGACACCUGUCCAAACUCUAAAUUGAUUAAUGGCCACUCAUACGAAGGGAUAAGCUCAUCCCGGUGGUUUUUGAUCACUGGUACAUUUUACACAUUCCCUACACUAUCUUCUUGUGUCAACGCCGAGACCCCAUGUGUGCCCGAACACUUUUCCACAAUUUAUAUUUAGAACCGGACUCGGCUGUCCAAUUAAUUUAAGAUACAGACGAAGUGGCAGGUUACCAAGAAGGGCGAACGUUUGGGUGAGAACCCACCCAAACGCUUUCAAAUCAUUUAUUUUUACCAUGUUCGUUUGCAUCAGUGCCGGAUACCAGUUGCGUGAACUGCGCCGAUCCGCUGGAUACCGUUGGUCCCAGUUUUAUCUACAGGCCUUAUGAGUGAUUCUAGCUGCAGACAGUACAAUUCCUAUCAUGCUGCUAUAAGAAAAUACGCUUUGCCGCUUAUGGAUAGGUAAAACAUCAAAAGCCGGUCGUGCGCAUAUCUUAUUUCGAUGAGGCGUUCAGUGCGCCAUUUUCGCUAGCCUGCACGUGAACAUUCGUUUUGAUGUGCUCCUUUUGAUGUGGGCUUUCUAUUUCUCUAAUGUACUUUUGCUAAGAGCAACCUGUAAAGUGACUGUUGGUGGCCAUGGUAAUUCUUCACGAUUUGAAAGACCGUUAUUGUGCGCUGGUAAAUAUUUACGUUCUGGAACUUGGAAUUUAUUUACACGUGAAGGUUUUAUGAACGGAAUGAGGUAUCUAGUAACUCAUGUGUUAAUGAGGUGACCUGCAUAUGAUGUAUAAAAACUCCCGAACCGGUACCCAUUGAGAUAAAACUAGGUAGGUUUCCAAAUGAGGAACUGGAACGUCCCGCUGUCAUUGGGCUUAAGUCCUUUGAGUCUUAAUAUCCUACUGCAAUUUAGUAACGCAACUAAAUUACUUGCUUUUUAGGAAACGAAACUCUGUAUGACGCGGUGUCAGACUUUCAGACGCCCCCAUGCUGCAUUUUCAUGUUAGCUUUUUUGGCGAGCGUAAUAACUAGGAGUCACCGUCGACCUCACCACCAAAUUUUGCCAAAAUCAGCGAUAAACUGUGAUACGUGUUUCUUGUUAGUCCUUCUGUAAGUUUCUUCGAUCUUGGGGAGAGUUUAGAAAGUUUCGAAGGCAUGUCCUGCGGGCACUCGACCCAGUGAGACAUACGCUUUUUGGAACGCUUGUAUACUCACUGAUAUUGUAUCGUGACCCUUAAGUUAUAAAAAUUGUUGAAUCGCAGAGCAUUCUGUAUUGCGCAUGAAUAGAGAUCAGGAGACCAACUGCUAGGGUGAUACUAGCCUCCAUCGUUACAUCUGCAGUUUUUCAGCCACAUUCGAGGCUCAAUUUAUAAAUAUACCUGGAAAGGGUAUUGUGUCGGCCACGAAAUACUCUGUCAUGCCUACAGCCUACUUACAACAUUUCGCAGCAAAAUUGAGUACAUUUUGUUUAUUUUUUCCCUUAGGGUUAUUACUACCUUCGAUUUUGCAAUGUCCUCACUCGGAGGAGAUUUUGAAUAAGCUACGGCAGCAAAAGCAGACUGCCUUCAUACAAAACCUUUUUUACCAAAAUUCCAUGACGAUGGAAUUUUUGAACUAUAGAAUAUUUUCUAAAUGAGUUCUGUUGCUUACUAACCUGAACUCUGAGCUCGAGUAAUGUUUUCUCUGUAGCAAGAGAACUUUUCCCUAAAGACAUUCUCGGACGUCUACCAGGAUAUUAUACAAGGUUGGAUGUCUCCACAAUCGAAUGUUUGACUUUUCUAAUGUACUUUAAAAACAAAACGCCCACUUCCCAAAUUUGGUUUAGGGAAACUUAUUCUUCAAGAAAAUUCCUUCUUCACACCCGUAGAAUAUUUCGCCGCUAAAAGGUAGGUAGUUUAGGAACUUAUCGAAGAAUGAUACGCAUUUUUGUGCGUUUCUAGGACUUCCAGAUUGCCUUUCCCACAUCCUCUCCGAAACCGUUUGCACAACUCUUUCGUUUUACCUAAAAGAUGAUUUUCAGACUGUUAGAAUGUAAUUGAAGAAGUAACAGGCCUUAUAAACAAGUUUGGAACCUUUCAUACUUUGCGCUAAAAUCUUAGUAAAUCGAGUAUUCCGAUUUCGGAAACCCAUCUGUUUUUCACUUCUUAUAAGUAUUUUGAAAAUGCAUUCUCUCUAGAAUCGACGCAAAAAUGAAAUCUUUAUUAUUCCCGUAUAUGAAAAAUAAGUUUUUGGGUAGCUUGCUGUGCCUCGCCAGCACAGACGUUCUAGCCAUCUAUAGCUUUCAAGUCUGUACCGACAAAUUUCGGCCGACCAUAACUGUGAAUUCUCGAGUUAAACAGACAGGAGUCAUGUGUAAGCUCGGUGGCAUGCGUCAGCACAUUUCUCGUCAUUCGGAGAUGACUUAUUUGCAUAUGUUUAUUUUUUGUAGCUAACGAGUAGGAGUCGCCUAUCACAUUGUGUGUAGAGGGUGUGAUCUAUGACUUAGGUCCUUUAGAAACCACUUGGUCUCGACCGUGUUUUGGCUGCAUGUGAGAAGGAAUUUUCCUCAAUCUUUGCAAAAUAUGACUCGGUGUUUUGCAAUAAACUUCUUUGCUAACAAGUGCGCAGUAUUGCAAUAAAGUCACAAUUCAAAAUUUUAACACGAGCAUUUUGUCGUAAAAUAAACUUGGUGCCUCUUUCGUCCUUGUUGAUGGCAACGUCGGAAUCGGGAACAUUGUCUUGGAUUAACAGAAACCAACGAGUAUGGACUGUUUGCAUAAGUCUGUAUAAGUAUUAUGUUCGUUGAUUCCCUUGUUACAAAACCUUGCUCGGUUUAAUGACAGGGCAUCCUACGAUUUCCUGUUUUGUAUUCAGUUUUUGGUGAUAGUAAAGCAGGCAAAACUCUGUGUUUAUUACGCAGUAAAUACCUCCAUUGCAGUUUUGUAGUUUCAAUGAGCAGGCUUCAUGAAAAUCACUUUUAAGUCAACUUCAUUCCCUCUAAUAAUUGCAUGUUUGUGUGUCAUUUUUACCCAUUUUGGACGACCAGUCUGACAAACCCGCGGUUUUGUCAAUUUUCGCGCUAACCUAAUAUCUGCAUUUAGUAAUAAGGGGAUCAGGCCCUAUCUGUCGAACGACCAGCAAAGUUGCAGGAUCAAAUGAGACCGUAGAACGACUUUUACCAUACAGCUUCGAACUGUUGCGGUAGAUAUCAACUCCCAUGGCGCAACUGGUACGGUUUGGACCAACUCCCCUCUUUGUGGGUGAACCUGGACCCCACCGUCUGUCAUGAGAGUUUGUCGCGGCUUAUUAAGGUGGCUAUGUCAACGUGACUAAUUAACGCACACAAAUUAGGACUCCAGGAAUGGAGCACUGCACGUCAAGUCAAUCACUCACGAGGUUUUGAAUGAAUAAAUGACUUGUGAUAUUCCAAGAGUAGUAAUCGAAGACAGCUUAUCUUUUGUUUUUCACAUCCCUAUCUUUACGGCAAUAAUUUAGCUGAGGCAGCCUUCAUGUUCCAGGCCCGUGCGAUUAGUUGGUCCGGAUAAGGAGAAACUGACACCCUCAAAUCCAUUCUGGGUGCAUAAUUGAUUUGUCUGCUUCGGGUUCAUCCAGCAACCGACAGCGCCACCGACUGCCUCUGUCUAAUCGUGUGUGUGCACAACUCUCACACAAACAUAUGAGCGUGCACCUGCGCCUAGGCUUAGCGAUCGUAGGUCUCUGGUGUUGCGUGUAUGCAUCGAUGUGCAAGGUGUGAAAUGAAGACCUAACUGGUUGGGGGGGGGGGGGUAUUCACGUGGGCAGGUCUUGAUGCUCACGUCCGUCUCGCCAAUGGGGUGUGAGUGCAUCGGCGUGUCGCCAGUGGUGCAUAGUGUGAAGAAGACGGAGCGCAAAGAGCGGAAAACAGCAUUAGGUUAGGUAGCUGCAAGUUCUGCUCACCUAGGAAAGUUUGCAGCAUGAAUAGAAAUGCGAAGUCGGAGAAGAAGCCUGGGACUCCUACAUGGCAUUUACAGAUUUCAGUUCUCACCUUCUUUUCCUAACCCUUCUGCAAGUAUUACAGUUGGUUCAGCUUCUCCUAACCAACUUGGCGUGGGGGGGGAAUUGGUUCCCCUUCUUCUGACCUGUUGUGUGCCAGCUCUAGAGCUGGUAAACAUCUGUCUUGCGUUUUUCACGUCUCAAUGGGGUUGAUAUGCUCUUUGUACCGCUAAAAGCGAAGUCAGUGAGGUCAUUUUUGGACCUUUAGUUUUUUGGGGAACUGAGAACAUUUGACCCUAUGACAAUUAUGGAAAUCUCUGGAAACUCAAAAGCGUAUGUCAAACCGCUGAAAAUUCUGACCUUUUAAGAUUUUAGACAAUGCUGAGCCCACAACUAACGGACCUGGAUGCGAUUGAUACGUGAAGGUAGAUACUUAAACUGCCGGCGACAAGACUUCGUCUUUCAGCCGUCUCUCUGACUGUCAAGUCAGAAAAAUGGCAUCUGCUCACUACUCUCAUGUUGUGCCUGACUGACACAGGUUGACAAACUAACGUUCUUUCAUGUAGCUUCCGGCAGUUUCAACGUCAUUACAUAAUUUAAAGUACAAUAUUUUCCUCUGUGUGUUUAUGACCUUAACUGGGGCCUUCUUCUACUUCGGCUAUUUCGAAAACUCAAACUCGCAUUCGAGGUUUUUUAGUAUUUCAUAAGAAACCUCCCUUAAGGCCCGCAUGUUUGACUGUAAGUAUCUACACUUCCGGACCCAGAUGUUAGUUCAUUUGUUCAGUUUUUCCACAUAGUAAGAAACCCCGUCGGCUUUAGUCGAGCGAUCAUAAAUGUACGCUAGGUACCCGCAGUUGAUCUGGUUGUUUUACACGAUAGUGCAUCUAAAAACGACGGCCGAAUUGUCGCAUCAAACAACCGCCGCUGUGCGUUUUUUUCGGUGUCCAAGUCAUUUACAGCCGGUUGCUGCGUCCUAACAUAAUCAGCUGAUUGCAUAUCGAUCAAAAUAAUGCGUGUUGGAGCGCGACCCGCUGAAUUAUCGACCGAUUCUUUGGAGAUCUUCCUAGAUUAGCAUUCAACCCAUUUUUGGAAAUAUAGGUGAUAACACUCGCUCCUCGCAUAGUUGACAUGCGUACCGCAGCGGUCGUAUUGAGUAAACACCGGCGCCUGUAAAUUUGGAGGGAGGCGGUCAGACUUGUUAACGUCAUGAUCGUUUACGAUCUCUUGUGUGCACACUCGCGCACCCGCGUAGGUAUGACUAAUUCCUCCCUCUGUUUUGCCUUACUGGCGCCCGCCUCUGUCUCAUGUGAGUGCUCGAAAUCAAACACGCACACACACACUCCGGUCCUGACCCAAGCCUGCUGCUGAUCACACCCUUUUCGUUUCCGUUAUGGAGACAAGAAUAAUCAUGCUGCAGCACGUUGGCAUGACCUGGCAAUAAGAGGUCAAGCACGGUGACUCUGGCCCUUUUUUUUAUGCAACAGACCCCAUGCUCUCAGGCCAUUUUGAAAUAACCGUGGCAAGGGUAUGGUUUAUGGCCGUUGCAUCCCCUCUCAUACCCCUGGGAAAGCCUGUGUGAUAGUAUGUUCGCUAGUGUUUUGUGGACACACUGCUUCAGUUGAUGGCGAUUGCUGGUUGACUGUGCACUUUUCUCCGCCUACACCUCUUGUUGCCAUUCUAACAUAAUAGCGUAUGAUGGAGUUGCAGAGAUCCAGUAAUAGUUGUGGUUUUGCCACCUGCCUCCUUUUGCUCUCUUGUAUUUCCUCCUGAGGGGUAAUUUCAAACUCCGCCAAUAGUUUUCUUUUCUUUCGUCCACCCUUGCGCUUUCAAAGUCCCACCUUUGGGGGUCGUUAAUACUUCGUCAGACUUUGUAUCUGUCAUAGACCAUUCGAGAUAAUGUCCAACUUGAACCUGAAAAUGUAAUACUCUUCCUAGACAUGGCGUAGAUAUCCUUCCAUAGUCAUCUGGAGAGAGGGACCAAAACACUGCAUAGGCGAUAGUGAACCUCAGAAUGUGCGGCGCUGCAUAUAAGUUGGACUAUAACGGCGGUCAGAGUGGUUCAUGACACGCGUUUACCGGACUGCGCCGAGUUCGCCCUAGCCCAAAACUAUAGCCUUCCAUGCGUGGAAUGAUACGCCCUAGAUGUAAAAAUGCAGGCCAGGUCAGCCACCGCAACGCGAUCCCAUCAACAGCUUAUCGACAGGCUCGGACAGUCGACUGGUGCAUAGGGAAGGGGAGAGAUAGUGGGGUCAACAGUGAGGAAGCUAUCUUCAAAGUAAAUCAACACUUUACUCACUGUAAUAAAACUGACGCACUUUAAUCUAUCAUAACGAACUAAAGGUCGUGAUUUGAAAGGUUGCCAACGGACGGGGCAGUUCUAUCCUCAGGACUAAGAGUCGGACCGCAAUGACUCCUCAAUGUGGUCUCCGUGGCAUUCUCACUUAUGUGCGCCCAUCUCCGGUCAUAUUGACAUUGUUCUGCUAUCGAAGCAAGAUGGCUGAGGGAAAGGAGAGUGCGAUAAAUGCUGUGAGCGUCUGUCUCGACAUAACCUAUUUCACACGCAUCCCUUAUGGGAGCCAUGCGGUGGACAUCGCCAUUCGGGACGGCUAUACUGUCGUGAAACUUAUAAAAUUCUUAUUCUGACAAUCGCGCUUCCUUAAUUUAACUGCUUCCUGAAAAUAGCAUUCUUCCUUGUAUCGAUAUGAUUACGGCCUCCUUGACGAAGACAAAGGCUCAAUUAAGAUAGGACACGCAGUGUAACUUUAACAGUCCUGCGGAGACACUUUCCUUGCAUUCUCGGACAAAGUGGAGGGAUGAACUUAAAAGGCGUUCGAUACGUCCAAUAAUCCCAGGACUGACUUAAAAAUUUUACUACAAGAGUUUGGGGAAGGCUUACCGAGCAUUCCGGUACCACUAUUUUGAACCCCUAUUUGCAAUCAUCAAAAUAGACUCCAUAAAAACUUCUCUUUACCUACUUGAAAAUUUUUCUAACAGCAUUACAUAAGAGAGUGGCUACCAAUCACCCAGUGAACUAUAAACAUCGACAUGCAGAAAUGACCCCAAGCACAGUCUAUAUCAUCCAUAUUUGCAGCAAUUCCCAAUGGUUGAAGGAAGUUGAGUAAGAAUUCAAACGGAGCAGUGAAAGUUACCCGCUUUCUACACGACCAUUCGGGGAGAAACAGAAACUCGGUAAGAUGUGGUUAUGUGGCCUAAUUUCAUGGGCGCAAUACUGUUGACCUACUUUAUUAUUUGGAGUUAGUGUGAUUAGGUUGGUAUGGCGUUGUUGUGUGUUGCGGUGUGUUUUCUGUUGGCGGCCUUGUUCUUUUCUUGCCGUGUCUACUUUUUCGGCCCAAUGCCGGUGGUUCUUCUUGACUUUCGCCCUGUCAUUUCCUUCUAACUUUCACGUUAGAUGUUCCAGGGCUAGGAUGUAGGGCUGCGGUUAAAUGUCGAGGUUGGGGGUUAUGGUUGGGGUUAAGGUUAGGGUUAUGGGUGAGGGGUUAUGGUUAGGAUUUAGGGUAACCACUCAAAUUACAACCCGUAUUUCACGUGACUGGGCUUUGUUUGUCUCAGAUAAGACUACAUAACCACAUCUAACCAGAAACUAAUCACAACUUAGUCGGAGGUUAGUUAUUCCUGACCACUAAGAGACAGAACCCUUGAUGUUGCAUGCGUUACCUUGCAUUAGAAUUGCCUUCGAGGUCACAGGGCGCAAGGAUUGUCUUCACAAACUGUGCGGCAUCUACAAGGUGCAGCCAAAUCGUACGUCCAAAGAACGAGUCAAACAAAGACGGGCACUCUCAUAUAUACCUGUCACUUAAUGCCAUGAUAGUCACUGUAAUUUUACGGGUGAAACGAGGGAAAACGUAGAACCAGCCUUUGUAAAUACAAAAGGUCCAUUCGACUGAGAGGCCCAGUGUCUUUCCUAGCCAAUCACAAGCGACAACAAAAUUGCGCAUUUGACUUCGCUAACAAGAAGGUAAUUUAGUCACGCGGACUGAAGGCGCUGUGUGAGAAUUGUUCAAGACGCGGUAGGUAAGCACAGUUGAAGUCAAAAAUCCGAUUCUUGUGUUCUUAAAGUCUGAAAGUUCUUCAGAUAGGUCUUCAGAGCAGACUUAUUUACAACGCCUGGAGUUCCUUCCAACUUUUAUUCAAAGCCUGUGGACGCACUUUUUGGCGGCAUACAUUCUCCGCAAACGACGAUUCUUGAGAACAAUAGAAUCUGAGUGAGUUCAUUCACAUCUACUCCAUAGGCCCGCUGAAUCGUCGUAGUAUACUUUACGCCAUCUCAAUUCCACCGAUAAGUGUACCGACACAUCUACGGCUCCGUUUAGUGAAGAACAGAGCUCUUACGCAAACCGCCGUGUACCCGCGUGAAUACUGUGUAGACCGCUGCUCCGUUCUUGACUUCGGUCGGUGGCAAGGGCGCAGGUCGCCAGCGCCUUUACGACGCGAAGAUUCACGAAACGCCUUCGCGUUAUCGAUUUCUGCACACCGCUCGAUCAUUGGCUCUUUCGUGCAUGCACAGACGCGCGGGUCAUUUAAUCCAAUCAUACAAGCGAUGAGCCGCAGGGGAACGCCUUUCGACGAUAUGCCCACACAGCAUACGCUCACAGUGGAUUUCUACUUUUUUGACUUCAUUACAGGUCAAUAUGAGCUCAGGAAUUGUUCACCAUGCAGAGUUUCCUACUUGUUCUUCGAUUCGGCUUAAGCGUUUUGUUAUCGUAAAAGGGCGCACUACCUAAAACGAACUAUGAGUGCUACAGGAACUGUUGAAUCAGAGUUAUUGUGAUCUUUGGGCCUUCAAUGAGACUCAAUACCUCGCUGGGCAGAAAAUGCACGCGGUGUUUGGCCUUUUUACCUCGUGCCAGCCGCAGAUAAAAUAAGUAACCAAGCGCUUACUAGAGAGUGAGAGUAAUACUUGUGAAAUGCCUCCCCGAUCUCCUGGUAAAGUUCGUUUUGGCGGUGGGAUCUUCUGUACUGCAUAGGCCAUUGCCACCCCCAUAGUGGGUCAAAAUUCCUGUCUGAAAUAAGGUUGUCUAAGUCGCUGAAGCCCGCAUUUCUACUUUAGCCCAAAUACACUAACUUCCGAAAUUUCCAUGUCCUUCAUAUUUCGGUAGUCUGAACCCUCGCAACCACGCCUCUUAUUGUUACGAUUACGACGGUACUUUUAUCGACGAGAUGAUGGAAGGAGGAGGAAGGUCACGAUGUUGACUCUUGUCACUCUCAAGAAGAGGAAUUUGGGGGAGGGGGUUACUGGUAUAAUUAUUAAUAGUAGUCUUAACGGAAUAAUGGUGGCAGUAGUAUGUGCUGGUUAUUUUGCCAAUGGUGGGGAUGAAUAAAAUGAAGAGCAAACCACGAAAUUGGGUUUCCCUUCUCCGCGGGUGCCUACAGCGGCCCAUGGUGAACCAAGUAUGCAUUUUUGGGCAAUAAAACGUUUUUUUGUCCUCCAGCUGUAUUGUUUCUAUUCCACCCAGCAGUUCGGAGCUUGAUGGUUCCUCAUCGUGCUUCUUGUUACCCUGGAGCAGUCAUGCUUUUACCACUGAGUCAAUUACUGAGAAUUGACUGUGUUCACUCCCAGAAAUUUGACUAUGCCUAACCAGUGCUGUAGAUUCAGCCACUCGAUGCUUAGAGAUAGCUUCUGCACUCCUUUACUUACCUCCACAAAUCUUAUCUUCAUCGUCUUUUUAAAAACGCUGUGUUCGAUUAUAUCAGCCUACAUGUUGCCGGGCCUUGAUAGAAUGUCGUGCCUUGAAGAUUCGAGACAUUUCAAAGGCCGAAAUCAAAUUGUUACCUGUCUCUUUAACUUUUUGCCCGCCACUGACCUUCAGUUCUAAUCGCCAUCCCCAGGCCAUCAUCGCUCCUUAGGAGCCAAUAUAAGUUAUCAAAAGUAUACCGUAACUUGCUAAGACACUUCUAAUUCCUGACGUACAAUUCCUUUGUCACACCAUUUCCUCUGCAGGCCUGCCUAACCUGGGACCGGAAAAGACAGAGGAUGACAUUGGCUGUGACGCGGAGAGUCAAGCCAUCUCACCUAAACUCUAUCGUCUGCCUUCUGACAAUUCGGACUUUAGUCUCGUUAAUGGCAACCAGGAGCUGAUCGCUUUCAAUGACCUUCAACUCGAACGAGAAGUUGACUGGCAGAAACUUGAAUUCCCUGUAAACCCUUCAAAGUCCUAUGGCAGGCGCCGUUCUGAUCGAAGUCGGAUCCAUCUUGGACGACCAUUUGCUUAUGGUCGUCCCCGUCGUCUUUGUUUUGAAGCGAAUCCGGGCAGUUCCUCUCCUCCUACCCUACCUCCAGACUUGCAGGAGGUAACAGAGCUUCACUCCGCCGAUGAGGGCUGCUUUGACAGCGGCAUUAGUUCCCUCCAUCUUACUCCCAACGGCACGGAUCGCAGUUACCACUCUCCCUCCAGCAGCCUCUCGCUCAGCACAGAUUCCAUGGUCUAUGGUAGCUACGGCAGCGAUGACAUUGCAAACCUAGAUAACAACUCUGAUGUUGGGGGUUGUAAUCUCGUCGAGCUGAAUUGCCGCACAGGGUUUAGUCGGGAUUCGGACACGGACCCCUGGCUGGCCGACCAUCGCCUAGACAGUGAAUCUGCCUGCAGAUCCGCUGACCUUGUCCUCCUGCAACAGCGCCAGCCGCUUAUGCCAGUGCAACGGCGAGCCCUGCACUGGCCUUCAACCAAUACCGACGUGUCGAACGUUGUCCCUCCCACCUCUGCUCCGCUCUCUGCAUCCAGGCGAAAGCAGCCCAUCCUCUACUCCGGUGCUGGUGUUAGCCCUGUGACGUGGAAUGACGACAGGUCUGUGCUGGUAUUAACUUCCAAGCGCCCCCAGCAGGUGACAACCCAACGGGUCGACCGACGCCCGGUGAUGCGGCGCCAAACGCUGCCGGAGGACUUGGCGGUCGGUGGCUGCGCGUCAGAUUUCUGUAAAUCUUGCUUGGAAGACAGGACAGGUGCGUAUUAUUUCAAAUAGUAUACAAUUCCGUAAAUAUUCCCAUGUUGCACUUGAAAAGUCAAGUUGGCAAACACGUGUUUUCGGUAAUUCUUCGUUAGGCCAAUAUGAAAAUGUACAAAAUCAACAGUGUUUAUAGGUGUCUCAAGAGCUAUUAGGUUAUUGACACUCAUCUUCCCUACGCCGCCGUCAUGACAAGGUCGGCGAGUUUUGGCCCUCAGAGCUAGAGGGGGGGAGGAAAGUCUUUGGGUGAUGUUCUUGGACUGAGUACACGGAGUACCCAUCACUAUAAUUAGGGAUUUGCGGCCGCAUGUCGUCAUCACUUGCGGUUGGCGUUGGCCACGGCAGAGAGAGAGCUCGUGUCAGGGUUUUCUGACAGCAUAACACCGGAUUCGUUAGCAUUAUAACCACUGCCUCGGCCGUUGCUAGUAUCCGUUGGCGUAGGCUCCUAGAGAAUCAUGUUAGUGUCCGGUAGACAAUCCGAAAUGCUUCCUUGGCAUCGACUCGGUGAUUCGUAUCGAUCAAAUGUGCGAGUAUAGAACUCGAAAUCGACCGCGUCUCACCUCUGUCUAGCCAGGUGGGCAUAUAUUCACGCACCUUCUUUACCAGGCGUCUCGUUAUGCGGCCGAUGUAUCCUGCUCCACAGGAGCAAGUGAAUGAGUAAAUACACAUUGAUGUGGCCUCUAACGGUAGUCUGUCUUUACCUCCUAAACGUAGGAGGGGAGAGUUUGUGAAGCAUUCGCGUAAAUUCGCCGCGGAGAAUGCCCUUGUGAUAGCUGUAGUUAAGCGCCGUUUGACUAGUAUAUACAAUUCCUUUCCAUUCCCGUAGGUGAGCAUAUGACGUGGUGCCUAUGUGUGUGUAUGUGUCCCCAACAACGACCAUUGGGGAGUUGCGCUGCACGGGAGGGGGGGUGCAGAUCAAGGCGCGGUGUUACGGCAUGUCCUGGAGCAGGAUCACGCAGCGUCAGUCAUCUGGGUCUUCGAUCUUCUUGAAUCUGUCUUGACACUAGGCUGGCGAGGGUGUGGCAGGAGAGAGCGUGGAAGUGGUGGCGUAAGUUUGCUAUCACAAUUAACUAAUCCGAAUGUACGCCACCGUCCCUGGGCCCUCCCUGCUGUGGGACGUACGGUGGAAAUCGUGGCAAUCGACACGCGUGCUAGAUAGAUCUCCCAAUAUCAUCAUCAUCAUCAUCAUCAUCAUCAUCAUCAUCAUCAUCAUCAUCAUCAUCAUCAUCAUCAUCUGUUGACUGAUAGGCUCGGACCGUCGGGGGACACUGUCACUGUGUUAAUCCGUUUUCGGUCUCCUCUGCCGGUUUGUUUGCCUGCAGUGGCAUGUUGACACGUCCAAUUUAGAUUUGCCGCCAUUUGUGGUUCAGAAAAUACAUCGUCAUCCAGUUCCGUCAUUGGCUGCCUCGCUGUCUUGCAUGAUGUGUGGUUUUGCAUAUUAUCCAGCAGUUUAUUUGCAUUCUCCUUUGAGGUCCUACCAGAUGACCUGCUCGUCUGGACCAUCUGUACGUGCAAACUGGUUGGUUUUGAGUCACUCUGACGAUUCUGAGUCGAGUGGUUAAUCCCCAUCUUGCUAUAAACAAUCCGCCUGCGGAGGAGCAUAUGAUCUGAAAACCUAUCAAUAACACCAAAGUAGCAGUACGAAAACGAAUUUCAUAGUCCAACAGCUGCUUCCUCGGCUGUUAUAGUUGCGCUGUUUGCAUCCAAUCACCUAAAAUAUCAGCGCCAACUAGUCAUGACGAAUAUAAUCCGAGGGCAUUUCCUCCUCUGGAUAUUACCCCAGAGCAUUUUCGACACCGGGCAACCCCAAAAAUCCGCAGGCAAUUUUUCUUUUGGAGUUGUUGAGCUUGAGGUUGAUGGCACCCGAAAAGCACUUGUCCAUUUGUUUGAAUGGUGGGGCACGGAAAUAAGUACCUUCCCCGAACUACCUUCGUACAAAGUGCCUUUACAAUACAUUGGCCCAAACAUUGACAUUCUUCUUAACUAUCACGAUGAGGUAAAACUCAUGGCUCGGACGGCUGCCAGCUAAGGGGGCUGGGGAGUGCUGGUGGACCUACUGAAUAGCCGGACCCCUCGUAGCUGUGCCAUGCAGUGGCGGAAUAUGGGCAAAACAUGUGUCUGGGCUUUUAGCCAGUAUCUGUGCUGCCAGUACGGUAUCUUCUAACGCUAAAAGGAUAGCUCAAUCUUCCUCGGACGAGGAGUCAACUGCAAUGGCCCCUCGUAAUGUGACUUCCUACAGAAAUGGAAUCCGGGCCGAUUAUUUCUUGUUUCUAUGAAAACCUGACCCGUCUCACGGGGACCGGCAGUCUGUUGCAUGCGUAGACGGUCGUCCUCAGUCAUUCUUGUCACCGAGCCCAGGGGCAUGAAGGAGGAGGGAGGGCGGCGAGCGCUGAGCAAAUCACCGCCCUGCGCAUGGUGAACACCUUCGUUCGCGACGGUCGAACUGACGAUAAAACAAACAUGCAAUUUACCUUCCAUAUUUAAGAAACUAACGUCGUCUCUCCUAAAAGGCCCUGUUGUCGCCAUUCCCAUUUUAUAGGUGGCCCUGCGCCAUAGUUUAGGGGAGUAUACAUAUCCGUGUUUGGUCAUUUGGGCUCCAAGGACCCGACGGAAUUUCUCGCAUCCGGACCAAAUACUUAUCUCUACGACUUUGAACUUGAAGUCAGGAUCCACUUCAAGUGCGCGUACAGUCUUGGCUUGCAAUGCUACCAGCUGAAGAGAUAACUCGGCUAUUCUCAGGACUGAGAGUCAAGCUGCAAUUGCUCCUCCUAUAUAUGGCCAUUAUCACAUUCCCCCAUAUGUGAAGGAGGAGGAAACGCGUCGUGUUUGGCACGCGUAGAUGGACUGCUUGUUUUUCUCCGUCACUGAGCCUACGCCCACCUGCUGUCGUGUGGAAGUGUCCUGACACUGGAUCGCGCUCGCUGUCAGGGGGGGAGGGGGGGUGUUGCGCAAGCUCGCUUCACCAUAAACCAUUACACGCUCAAGUCACCGCCGUUAACCUUACUCUGCUCGAUGCACGCGGUAGAUAUUGUUGCUCGCGACGGUCGAACUGUAGUUACAGCCCUGAGUGUCAUUCACGCGCACUAGACACACGUGAGUAAAACGUACCAAACAAGUGGAUACAGGUUCGUCACUCCAUUUCCCAUCUGAAUUCUUUCCGGUCUGCGUGUCAAAAGUGAGGGGAGAGACAAAUGUCCAUUCCUUUCUCCAUCGUCAUUGGCCAGUUCUCUAAUAAAGAUGGGUACCGCAAAUUAACGUACCUUUAUAACUUCUUCAAUAAACUAUGCGUGUCGACGACCUCUUUCUUAGCGUUUUUAUUCCUUGUAUUUCGACCGCAUGGUUUUCGAUUCCCAAGGCGCAGUGAUUGGAACGCUAUGCUUUUUCCCUCUCGUUUUUCUCUUCUUUGAUAUCGGUGCAACUUGCCGCUCAAAAAAUGGUCUCACGAGAUGUCCUGAUCCGGUAAUACUUAAGGAAUUGAUUGCUGCUUCACAUUCUGGUUUCGUUAGGGUUGACACGUGUGUCGUCAUAGUCACACUUCCCUCUCUUUUCUGCCAAUGUGUUCAAGUCAAAACCUGCAGCAACAGCGUAACGUCAUACCCAGGCCUAAUUGCGCGCUUGCAAUAUGGAAUUGCUGUAAGCGGCUCGCUCCUCUAGACUAACAAGAAAACGCAGUCAACUAACGUAUGCUGAAGAAAGUUGUUUCAGGUCAGAAGGUUUGAGAGUUGUUGGGUGAGACCUGAGGAGUGUCAUUGUUUCCCUAUAGUGUGAACUUGUAUUUGCUAGCAAGGAUUGCAUACGCCCUUACCUCAAUACUGACAUUUUGAAGUGGUGUACAAAGGAUUGGGCAGGCUUGGUGCAAAAUAAAUGCAUGAAUGGGCUCCAGCAACCCAGAUUAUUUUGUUUCGUUCUCACAGAAAACAGCCCACACUUCCAGGCUUUCUCUCAACAGCUACCUCCAGGACCAAGUCAACAUCCAGUUUGUACAUAGCAUAUAACUAUCUCUAUUUUAAAGUCAAUCACUACUUCUGAUUUAAAAUUGUUAGGUAGGUGGCGCGACAUGCCAUCUCCUAUGCGCUCUCCUAACUCCAAAAUGCAUUAUGCUUGAAUAGGGGUUUCAUAAAAGUAACCCUUAUAGUAUAUCAAAUGCCUUAUUAUUUUUGAGGAAUAUUAACAGCGAAAUCCAGGAAAGCCGACACUAACAUUUCUAGCUUAGUUAUCGUCGUAAGCCAGUCAUAACUCGAGCCAGACCCGUUACACUCUCGUUUUAGGCCUAGAUGCAGUCGAUCAUUGAGUCAGCCAUUCCCCGCUGCACCAGAGGUACAUGAAACUGCAGCCUCUGUCAAGGCUUACGUUUCUUAUCUAGUUUGCCCGCAAGGCUAAAUGCAGGCACUUCGUUUUGUUUCGCAGUUCCCUAACUUUGCGCGUAAUCAGUCUUCAGACACCACCACCACUGAGUGACUAGUUUAGCUGACAGAUCGUUAUUCUUCGGCUGCAGCUGCAAGCUAUGCUGUAAUAUGCUGUAUCCUUCACUACUUUUCACCGACCCAGAGCAUUCGAACACACCGACCUACUGUGAAGAAGACGACAUGAUCGCUGGAACAAGAUCUUUAUUCGCCCGACUUUUCGGAGUCAUGCUCGGUUCCAGCAUCAGAGACGAAAGCAGAUAUGGGUGGUUCAUGCACAAGGGGCUGUGGAACUUAUAGGAUGCAGCCGCCAUGCUACUGCAUGCCUAUGAAUAUUCACAGCUCCCCCUUGAUCAGGGAUCGUUGCACAUGGUGUGAUAACUGUUUGAUGGCCGACAUUCGCGUCCUUAAUAGCUGCAAUUUCAUCACGUGUGUUGGGUGUUGGUGUGAUGAUUGCUCGACCAUCUGACCCACCGACCCUGGCGUUGGGACUGGUUCUCACCUGUGCGCUCCACACGUGGCUAAUUACUCCGCCUAGGCGACGUCUCAGCAUCGAGUAUGGAAGGGGAAGAUCGUUGCACUUGUUAAUGGACUCAGGGUCAGUGAACCAUGACUCAAGCAGCUCGCGGCUCACGCGGUUGUCACCUCUAGCGAGAAAUUUGGCCUCAUGGAAUUUGAAUUCGUAGCCGGAUCUCGACGAAUGGGCCGCAACUUUAGAGCUAGCACCAUUUCUCCGCACUGCUACAGCGUGUUCAAGAUACUCCUAUUUGACAAAAAAUGCACCAAAAAUUGCAAACGAUUCCCCUAGCCACUUUCGUGGUAGAUCGCCCAAAUUCGAAGCCCGGGUUCCCGUUUCAGUUUAUUCGUCUCAUUGGGUAUGCAUAUUAUUGUUACUCAAGGCCAAAAUUCCAUAGCCUGUCAUGCUCCGUGACAUUCUACUUUAGGCGGACAGAGUGGCUAUAGGGCAGUCCAACAAAAUUAAAACGAUGAGACUGACAGUUGAUCUGUGGGGACAUCGACUGUUGCCGAUAUGACUGAAAACCUGUUGUGUUUUCUGCCUGGUAGUGCGCGUCUUCGCGGUCUUUUCUCCUUUAAACUCUCAAGCGGGUUUAGUGUUGUUAUUGGUCGGCCUACUUCCCCUUUGUCUACCGGCUGUUGAUGAACCGCGGUCUUUGUUUUGCGACCAACCCCUUCUGCUAAGGCCGCAUGUACUUUUUGAAGACAGCCUGCGUUAUUAUGCUUCUCUAGUUGGUUGCCUGGGCAACCGGUAAACGGGCACUCGGCCAAGAGUUAGCGCUCAGAGAAAGGACCUAACACAAUGGCUUGCCUUUUUAAAAAAAUCCGCCAGAACAAGCGUUUGUUCUGUGUCUUGCAAGGACAGCAAAUAGAUGCCCACCGUGAGUACCGCUGCUAAGAAUGGAUCAGGAAUCAUUAGAUGAUGCUAACUUCCAACUUUUCCAGUCAAGUGUUUUUACCAUCGAGUAUUUCACUUAGGGUGCAGGGGUUCCAAGCGGCCAGAUUUUAUUACAGUGAGAAGAUCGACGUCAGCCCCUCACAGCCUUUGCCACAAUCUUGAGAGAGAGAAGGCAUUUGAGUUUACUGGAGACAAGAUCAAAGCCAUCCGUUUAGCCUCCAUAUUAUGCGUACUAUCCAUCAGUCGCGCCAAUCGCAUCAGACCUCACACAUGUCCAAGUGGCCAUACCGUGCGACUUCAUGUAAAGGCCAUAUAAAGAUGAAAUCUUUGCAGACUUGUUUUCAUUUUAAGAGAUGAAGUUGACAAUCAUGCAAAUGCUGUCCACCUCCGGGGUAGCUUGAUACUACAGGCCGGGGAUCAGGUUGUAACGGCUUCCACUUCGUGUUGCUAUAUGACUUCCGACACUGCUGAGUGUUUUUAACGAUAGACUGAACGAAGUCUGUUUCGUGCCAACUGAAGGGUUAGCACGUGUUUGGCACGCGUAGACGGGGGCUUUAUGUUUAGCUAGCUGGUGAAGUCUACGUCCCUUUUCAGUCAUCGUAACCAGCCCUAUCAUCUGGUUAUGUAAAGUAGAAGAAAACUCGCGGUGGAUGUCAGGGAAGUCUUAAAUUUACGCGGAAGCCCCUGCAUCCCACACAGACGACUUUACUGUUCAUCGAGUGCAAACAACGAAUUAUUAGGUUGGGUCAUAGUUCAGGUCGCCUUGUUUUUGGUAGGUUUGUUGCUGAAAAGGGCUACAAUGAUUGAUAUUAUGGUAAAGAGGAAACCAGCAGUAUAUAGAUGUUAACGAAAGGUAAAUAAUGAGAAAUUUCGGUGAUCAUGACAACGAUGAGAAAGAUUACUGCCAUCUCGGUUGUUGAGCUGCAGUAUUGCAUAUUCUAGGCUAGCUUUUUAAGAAAUUUCCCCUUAUUUUACCGUACCCCAAAUUAUUUCCAGUCUGCUACACUUAGCGAAUGAUUUUGUGGGCUUCCUUUGAGACCUUUGACCCUGGAUUGGUUUGAUUUGCUUUUACGACUAUAGCUCUCUAUGAACGUCUGACUGAAGGCAGUGUGACUCGGCCAAGUGAAUCCUUCGCGUUUUCCAACACUUCCUCCUCCUCAGUCACAGUCAGUCCCUCAAGCUUCUCUCCUGCAUCCUCCCCUCCAUCCUCCGCCUCAUCCUCCACGUCUUCAGUAACGCUUGGGAUCCCAUUUGGCCCUGUAUGUCGGACACUAACGCGUCCACUGCAGCCAUGUCCUGAGUCCUAUUGCUGGUCGCGUCCACCUAAAGCGACACGGACGCGAAAGGCCUGUCUUCGUGGUCUCUCAUCUGCGGAUGACUGCUCUCUUGUCAUUUUUGGGCAGACCGAUUCCUCCUCGGACUACGAAAUCGAGGCUGAUAGCCUUCCUCUCUCGCGAAGACCGAUGCGACCGACCGGCAGCCACCCACUCAAGCGCACUCCUUCAAGGUCAAGCAUCCCCACUCCAUCGCCGCCGCCGCCGCCGCCGCAUGGGGCAGGUGGCCUCCUCUCGCGCCGUCGAACAAUAGGGUUCACGAACGGUGAACGUCCCUUUCACCAGGAAUAUGCACGCUCACACUACAAUCAGUAUAUCAGAAGCCGUGCCCGUGGUAGGGGCCGCCGCCGACAUCUGCUGAGUUUCAUAUUGGACUUGUUGGCACAUCGACACAACUGCGUAGAAUGGGUAAACAAGGCGGACAAGGUAUUCCAGAUUGUCAAUCCCGAGCAACUCACCCGACUCUGGGGGGAGUACAAGAAUAAUAAGAAGAUGUCCUUCGAGUCACUGUCUAGGAGCCUCAGGUACGGAAACUUACCUCCGUUCGGUUCCAUGGUUUUGCUUAUCAUGUCUCUCCUGAAGUCUUAUUGGUUAGGUGGGAUCGGCAAACAGUUUAACCGAAUUGAUCCAUUGAGGACGUCUGCGGCUGAUGCAAAUAUGCGCUCUAAUGUUGGUGGGGUGUGUCGGUCACUCACGGAAAGAAGAUCGCAGACAUGUUUUUCUGCAGUGCUGUUGAUAGUGUGCCCCCACUUCAUGCGGAGGCUCGAAGUCAGAAACCUUUCUCUAUUUCCUGCUCACUGCCAUUUUCCCACCCAAAGGAUUGGAUAUUUUGAAUUAGUUAUAGGAGCGUAAGAGAUGCCUAAACAUUGCUGUAAGUUUACCUAAUAGGGCUACUAACAGAAAAGCGCCCAUUCGAAACUUUGCACCGUGAACAAACCAACUUCUCCACUUGAUAAAGCUAUGUGUUAAAUCAUCCGUGAGAAGGCUGAUUAAAUUCCUUUCCAAGUUUGUUUAAGUGAUGUGAGAAAACGAAUGUAUUCCUAGCAAACGAAUUGCUUUUAUUUCACGAUGACCAUCUAACGGCCUUGUCAGGCCAGUAAUUUAAGUAGACCAACUCACCUGCAGAAUGAUUGAAUUCCUCGAGUGGAGGUCUGUGAAUAAUGGCCGUGAUAAAGGCAGAAAUAGGUCCAAUGGAAAAUUACUGAUCGUCGCUACCAAUGGACCGCGUUUAGCUUGUCCGAAAAACACAAAGUAUCGAUGUAUGCCUACCUAUCAUGGAAUACCGAAGACUGUAAUCCGAAUCCAUUUGCCAGAACGCCGCAAAAUUGGAGGAUUUUGUUUUUCGAUCACAGGACAUUUGUUCUGAGCUAUUAUUUAUCUGCCGUUAUGUUUCUUCCCGAUCAGUCUUUAGAAUACUGCUGUAUGAUAUAACUGCGGAGGAUUCGAACGAUCAUUAAGUCGUCCUGCUUUUCGCAUGUAGUCUUUGGCCUUACUUCAGUUCUCAAAGGAGAGUAAGUAAUUACGUUAGAGAUAACCUUGUGGACUUAGAGUAAAGUACACCAGAGACGAACUCUUAAGUUCGCCGCGGUGGUUUUGUAAAUAUCUGAGCUAGGUAUACUAGAUCACAGCGGGGUAUUCGUGUACUGUUCGCUUCUGCAAGUCGACUGGUUAUACACACCCGACACUUUGUGUAAUUUAAACAUACUCCUGGCAUAGACUUUCCUUAUUGUUACCGGCUUACUGAAAGUGUGAAAUAAAACCGCCAGAUACGAUAUCAAUGUGAAAUCGUCGUUGAGAUCACUUACGUCGAAUUAGCCGUUUUAAAUCGAGCCUUCUUCGCGACCCAAACUCGGUGCUCCACCGAUGGAGGUCGUCUUACGACACACACGGACAAGGACGACUCAUCCUUUCCGACUCACUGCUUAUGGCCACCUGCUAGUAAAACGUCAUUCCGUGUCUUUCGUCUACUCGAAAUUUUGAUGAGGGGAUACCGUUGAUUUGUUUCAAAGAAAGAACUUGCUUUCUCUAUAUUUCCGUUCAUUACCUUUGUGGAGUUUUCUCUACGGACAAGAGUUCGAUCAUCGUCAGUGGAAGACCGCUAACACCAGUGUUAUCCUGGCUGUCUUGUCCUAGGCUCUACUAUGCUCCUGGGAAGCUGGAACGGAUUUCCGGCCUUCGGCACCACUACCGCCUGCUCUAUUCCUCCGCUCCUGUCAAUUCAGAGGUAGAAGGCCUUUGCCACCUUUCGCCCCACCUCCCGACACCUCGCAAGCACAGGCCUGACCGUCGUCAUGACAACGGUGCCGAAGAGGAGCAGACCUGA